UUUGUCUCUUGAACCCAAAAACAAACCCUUACUAUUAUCUAAAUAAAACAACCCAUUUUUGCCCUUCGAUUGCUGCAGAAAUCCUUGUACAAAAACUAUUGUUUUGUCGCUUUCCAAAGGAUAGUUCAGUGGUUGAUAUUGCUAGUGCAAAAGCAAGAUCAACAAGGCGCUUCAUUGUAUCAUACGGGCAUUUCGAGUUACCCCUUUUGCAUCCAAAUCUGGUGGGAGGCAAAAUUAGCCUAAAGUAAAGUGGCAUUUGCAGCACGCCCUAAAGCCAUUUGCAGAUUUUUUACCCUACUUCUCAACAGUAGUGAGAGACAUGGCCAUCAAAAAUAUCAGCCAGGAUUUGGAUAUAUGGUAAAAGCUGGUAUGAAAUUGACAGAGGUACCAAAUGAGAAUGAGUGGGUGAGAGAUCUUAAGAAGGUUCUUGAUCUUUCUGAAACUGGUAUUGAAGCUUUAUUUGAUUCCAUCUCUAACUUGGUGAAUCUCUCUGCAUUGCGGUUAAGGAAUUGUCGGCUGUUAGAGUACUUGCCUUCCCUAGCAGAGCAUAGGGCAUUGAAGAAGUUGGAUUUGAAUGGGGCAGGGAUUGAGGUGGUCCCUCAAGGCAUGGAGAUGUUGUUGCCCAGGUUGUGUGUACUUGGGAGAGUGGAAGGAGUAGCACCACCACCACGUGUCUUUUUCAAUCUUAAAAUUCUUUCUAUAAGUGGAUGUUCAGGAAUGAGCAAGUUGAUUCCACUUGAGCUACUGCAGGCCCUCCGAAAUUUGGAGCAAAUUGAUGUUUAUGGAUGCAGACAAAUGGAGGAGAUAAUAGCAUCAUCAGAUUCAGAUUCAUCAUUGGAUAAAUUCACUUUUCUUAAGUUAAGGGAAUUGCUUUUGUGGAACUUACCCCAAUUGAAGAGCAUCUGCAGCGCCAAAGGAGUUAUGGGUCUUUUCUCAAGCAAAGGGAACUACUGCUCUUACGGCAAAGCAAAAGGAAAUGGAACUGAUCCACAGCCAGUAGUCAUUGAUUUCAUUGACAAUAAUGACCUUUUAUCAAGCACAGGGAAUUUCUCUUGUCAGAACAGCAAAGCAGAAGAAAAUGGGAAUCGGCCAGUCAUUGAUUUCAUUGACAAUAAUAUUUCUGUUAAAGUGCUUAAUGCGGUGGCACUUUUGAUGGGAUCUACCUAUAUGAGUGGAAGUGGUGCUGCUUCUAGGAGUUGGAGACUUGACUCUAACAGCGCUCAUAAAAAGGAUACAAGACACAUGGCCAAUUUUUGUGUUCUUGAUCUUUCUGAAACUGGUAUUGAAGCUUUAUUUGAUUCCAUCUCUAACUUGGUGAAUCUCUCUGCAUUGCGGUUAAGGAAUUGUCGGCUGUUAGAGUACUUGCCUUCCCUAGCAGAGCAUAGGGCAUUGAAGAAGUUGGAUUUGAAUGGGGCAGGGAUUGAGGUGGUCCCUCAAGGCAUGGAGAUGUUGUUGCCCAGGUUGUGUGUACUUGGGAGAGUGGAAGGAGUAGCACCACCACCACGUGUCUUUUUCAAUCUUAAAAUUCUUUCUAUAAGUGGAUGUUCAGGAAUGAGCAAGUUGAUUCCACUUGAGCUACUGCAGGCCCUCCGAAAUUUGGAGCAAAUUGAUGUUUAUGGAUGCAGACAAAUGGAGGAGAUAAUAGCAUCAUCAGAUUCAGAUUCAUCAUUGGAUAAAUUCACUUUUCUUAAGUUAAGGGAAUUGCUUUUGUGGAACUUACCCCAAUUGAAGAGCAUCUGCAGCGCCAAAGGAGUUAUGGUUUGUGAUUCAAUUGAACAAAUUGAAAUACACAAAUGUUGGGAGUUAAAGAGGAUCCGUUUACUACUGCCCGCGCUUGAUAAUGACCAACCAUCUCCUCCUCCUCGUCUCACAGAAAUCGAGAUAGAUGAUGAGUCAAAGAGUGGUGGGAAUUAGUGGAGUGGGAUCAUCCAAACGCUAAGAACAUACUCCAACCUUUCUUGAAAUUGUGGUAAGAUGUUGAUUGAUUUAUUCUAAUUGAAUUUGAUUGUUUAGUUGCUUAAAAUUUCUGUCAUCUGCAAGGGGAGUUAUUGAGAAAUAUUCAAGUUUUCAGAUUGCCGAGCAUACUUGCAUAAAUAAGUGACGUGCGA